CCCCGCGCCCGCCGCCGCGCCGCGCCCCGGCCGGGCGUGGAUGGAGGGCGCCGCGCGCCCUGCCCGCUGCUCGGCGUGACGCGGGCCCCGCGCCCCGCGCCCACCAUGUCCUACCCGCAGGGCUACCUGUACCAGGCGCCCGGCUCGCUGGCGCUCUACUCGUGCCCGGCGUACGGCGCUUCGGCACUGGCGGCGCCGCGCAGCGAGGAGCUGGCGCGCUCGGCGUCGGGCUCGGCGUUCAGCCCUUACCCGGGCUCCGCGGCCUUCACCGCGCAGGCGGCCACGGGCUUCGGGAGCCCGCUGCAGUACUCGGCCGACGCCGCCGCCGCCGCCGCCGGCUUCCCGUCCUACAUGGGCGCGCCGUACGACGCACACACCACCGGGAUGUCUGGCGCCAUCAGCUACCACCCUUACGGCAGCGCGGCCUACCCGUACCAGCUCAACGACCCAGCCUACCGCAAGAACGCCACGCGGGACGCCACGGCCACGCUCAAGGCCUGGCUCAACGAGCACCGCAAGAACCCCUACCCCACCAAGGGCGAGAAGAUCAUGCUGGCCAUCAUCACCAAGAUGACCCUCACGCAGGUGUCCACCUGGUUCGCCAACGCGCGCCGGCGCCUCAAGAAGGAGAACAAGAUGACGUGGGCCCCCAGGAACAAAAGCGAGGACGAGGACGAGGACGAGGGCGACGCGGCCAGGGGCAAGGAGGAGAGUCCCGACAAGGCGCAGGAGGGCACCGAGACGUCGGCGGAGGACGAAGGGAUCAGUCUGCACGUCGACUCGCUCACGGAUCACUCGUGCUCCGCCGAGUCGGACGGGGAGAAGCUGCCGUGCCGCGCCGGGGACCCCCUGUGCGAGUCGGGCUCCGAGUGCAAGGAUAAGUACGACGACCUGGAGGACGACGAGGACGACGACGACGAGGGCGAGCGGGACCUGGCGCCGCCCAAGCCCGUGACCUCGUCGCCGCUCACCGGCGUGGAGGCGCCGCUGCUGAGCCCCCCGCCCGAAGCCGCGCCCCGCGGCGGCGGCGGCGGCAAGACGCCCCUGGGCAGCCGGACGUCACCGGGCGCGCCGCAACCCGCCAGCAAGCCCAAGCUGUGGUCUCUGGCCGAGAUCGCCACGUCGGACCUCAAGCAGCCGAGCCUGGGCCCGGGCUGCGCGCCGCCGGGGCUGCCCGCGGCCGCCGCGCCCGCCUCGUCCGGGGCGCCGCCGGGCGGCUCGCCCUACCCCGCGUCGCCGCUGCUCGGCCGCCAUCUCUACUACACGUCGCCCUUCUACGGCAACUACACAAACUACGGGAACUUGAACGCCGCGCUGCAGGGCCAGGGCCUCCUGCGCUACAACUCGGCGGCCGGGGCCCCCGGAGAGGCGCUGCACGCCGCGCCCAAGGCCGCCAGCGACGCGGGCAAGGCGGGCGCGCACCCGCUGGAGGCGCACUACCGGCCCCCGGGCGGCGGCUACGAGCCCAAGAAAGAUGCCAGUGAGGGCUGCACCAUGGUUGGUGGGGGCGUCCAGCCCUACCUAUAGAAGGGCCGCAUGCAGAAUGCAAGUAAGUGGGCUCCCUGGGGUCCCCCCUCUUGGGGAGCUCCUGGACCAAUUGCUCUGGAAACGUGCUUAAUGUCUAUUUCUUGCUUCUUGUCACGGGGUCUGGGGACGGGGCAUUGCAGUCUUCCCUGGUUUUUAUCUCUUAAGAGGAGAGUGGCCCGGGCUUAGAGAGCCUCUCUUUUUCACUCAAGAUCUGCUUUAAAGAAUCACUCCUUUAACUGGAAUGUAUUUAUUGCACCCCUGCAGUUGUUUUCUCUUUGGAAAAAUAGAUGAUUAACUUCGUGUUUGUAUGCAAUUUAACCCCCCCUUUUUAAAACUACACGAGACACUUAGUAGACCCUUGCUUUGGUGAGCUUGAGCUCCCGAAACUUGGGGGAGCAAAGCCCUUUAUGGAUGAUGUUGCAGAGCCAGCCUGGGGAGACACAGAAGCACUGGCCUUUGAUCAGGUCACCCCUGUGCCCACAUGGGCUAAGCAGGACCAGGCAGUUUGCCUGGCCGACAGCACGAUUUCAAAAAAAAUAAAAAAUUGUACUUUACACGUAGGCAAAACUAUUGCUCACAGCUCUUGAGGAUGUGGAAGGGGCGAACGCAUUUCAGGCGGACUCUGUAUAAUGAGAUGGUGUUGCUGGGGGACUGGAGGAUUUGGGAUGACUUGGUUUUUUCCUUGGUCCACAGGUAGGUGUCACAAUUGCUUUGGAAAAAAAAAAGUCAGCAGGCCAUUCUUUCUUCCCAAGUUCGUACAUAUACAGAUAUAAAAAAAUCAGUCUCAAUCCAGACCGCAGCUUGUGCCCAAGUAAAAGAAGGAUCCACAGGGCACUGCCAACCCACAGACUCUAUGGGAACAGACUUUUGUUGGACAUACGUGAAUUUGUUGGCAUAGAAUAGCUUCCCCGAUGUAUGUGUGACUUUUGAAAACAAUCUUUUUUCUCAGGAUAUCUUGAAUUGAUCACUUCAUUGCCACGGUAUAUAUUCUAUAGGUGUGAUAGGACUUACUGUAAAAUUUAUUUGUAAAAGAUGUACACAGUAGAAAUAAAAUGUGAUUAUAGAACUUGAGUACUUAAGAAGUGGAGACAAAUUUGAUAUUUAUUUUUAUAAUGAUAUAAAGCUUCUAGUAAUUUAUGCAAGUUGUAUUGCAAUGGAAUCUAAACUUUUUUGUAAAUAAAUUCUGCCUGGUUUUUAUUUGAACAUCGCUGGUUAUACAAUCUUUGUUGGUUGUUUAACAACAAUUCUUUACUAAUUUAUAUCUUAAAUUGUAAAUAAAAGCAAACUAGUCUA